AUGGACUCGCACUGUGAUUGUGCCGAGCCCCCGGCCGUGGAGCAGCCGUCGGGCAAGAUCAACAAAACCGCCUUCAAACUGUUCAAGAGGAGGAAAUCGGGCAGCCCCAUGCCGAGCAUCUUCGGGGUGAAAAACAAAGGUGGGGACGGGAAAGGCGCUGCCAAAACGGGGAUGGUGCGGAGUAAGACUCACGACGGAUUAGCCGACGCCGUGCUGGAGAGCAGCAAGAAGGAGGAACCGAGCGGCGGCGGCGAGCAGCAGAGCAAGGAUGCGAACCCCCGGGCGGCAGCCGGCCUCGGCGUCUCGUCCAGCAGCUCGGUGGCCAAGUCGCACAGCUUCUUCUCCCUGCUGAAGAAGAACGGGAGGUCGGACAACGGCAAGGGGGAGAGCGCCGAGCCGCGGGCCGGCGGCAGACAAAAGAAGGGGCUGAAAGGGAUCUUCAGCAGUAUGCGGUGGCAUAAAAAGGACAAAAACGGCAAGGAGGAAAGGGGGGAAAGCUCGGAAAUCCCAUCCGGUCUCAUUAUGCCGGGGUCGCUGACUGCCAGCUUGGAGUGCAUCAAAGAGGAGACCCCGAAACCUUUGCCUGAAACCCAGAACAGCGCCGGAGAAAUUUGCAUUGAACCAUCUGUCGAGAAACCCGGCGGAGACCCGCACGCCUCGGCCAAGGAGCCUGACGUGAGAGACGGGGAGCCGCAGGACAGCAGCCCCCCACCAGGGGAGGAUCCUCCUGCCGCUGCUACCCGACCCGAGGAGCUCUGCCCCGAGCGACCGGACCCGGGCGCGGGAGAGGUUGGGACUGCCAAGGACGCGGCCAUAACAGGUGACAUUCCAAUAAAGACUAUCCCCCUUGUUGAACCCGAGUGUGAUAGCGGUCAAGAGACGGCAGCAGCCCCUGACCCUUCCUCUGUUGAUCCACCCUCAGAGCAAUCGAUUGAUCGUAUUUGUUUGAUGUUUGCUGACGUGACUUCACUGAAAAGCUUUGACUCUCUUACAGGCUGCGGAGAUAUUAUUGCAGACCAGGAGGAGGAAGUGGGCAGCGGGAGUGGCGGCUGUGAGAAGAGCACCCCCGGGGCCAGCAAGCUGGGCGCCUCCAAGAAGCACCCCACCAUGGUGGCCUACCAAGGAGGAGGGGAGGAGAUGGCAACUCCGGACCAGGUGGAUGACACCUACCUUCAGGAGUUUUGGGAUAUGCUGUCACAGACAGAGGAACACGGCCCAGACACCCAGAUGGGAGGAGGAGGAGGAGGAGGUGGAGGAGGGACAAGGACGCCUGACGGUUUGAAGGAGACCCGAGGUACUGAGGGGGCCCAGAACAGGGUGGUGGUGAAACGCAGUGGUCUCAACCAAAUUCCCAUUCAUGUCAACCACAAAGAGGAGCAGAAGGGCAGGGAGAAGGAGCAGCAAGAAGGUGUCCCAAACAGCGACGAGGGCUACUGGGAUUCCACUACCCCCGGGCCCGAGGAAGACAGCACCACGAGCAUCCAGAAGGAGACGAUUCCCAGGGACAGCUACAGUGGGGAUGCUCUCUACGACCUCUAUGCCGAGCCAGAUGAGAACCCACCAGGGGGGCCUUCUGACGAAGAGGUCACCUGUGUGCAACGCUCCAAGCCCGUGUCGCCAAUAACCACCACAUGCUCACUGAAAACACCCUCAAGCGCCAUGAAGGACUCCAAGAUACCCAUCAGCAUCAAACACCUUGCGUCGCAUCCUGCCAGCCAUGCAACAGAUGCCAGCAACAGCCAUCACGUCGCUCACCAUCACCUGGCCAAAAGUGAGAUACACAGAACAAAAAUCCCUGUCUCUAAAGUACUGGUGCGCCGGGUCAGUAACAGGGGCUUAGCAGGGACAACAGUUAAAGCUGCCACAUACCAGGACAGUGCCAAAAAGUAGCUGAAUAUGAGCUGGAGACAAAGAUGGACAGCAAGUUUGGUGUGUGAAAGUCUG